AUGGCCGUUUUUAUAACCGUGGGCACCACCUCUUUUGAUAAACUGAUUCAAGAAAUAAAUGCGAGGCGGUUUCAUCUAGCACUUUUAAACUUGGGAUACCGAAAAGUCUUUAUACAAUAUGGGAGUGGUACCGUCGAGCCAUCAUUGUCAGAGAGCUUAUUGGAAGUUGUCGCCUUUCGUUAUCGGGUGGAAUUGAAUUCCAUUUUUUCCGAAUCGUCUUUGGUAAUUAGUCAUGGUGGAGCGGGUACCUGUAUGGAAGCACUUUCACCUCCUGGUGGGCGCAAACUUAUUGUCGUUAUAAAUGAAGACUUGAUGAAUAACCACCAAGAGGAGCUUGCUUCCACUUUGUAUGAGGGCAAACACGCAUUUGUUUCGCGAGUGAAAGACCUCUACGAAUUUAUCUCCACUGGGAAACAAAAUCUGUUCUUGGAAUGUCAACAGGCUACAUUCUGGCGGGAAUGCGAACCAAAAGUCCUAUUCGGUCCCUCAACCACACCCGAAAGCGUUGGCCUCAUCCCCUUCUACAGAGGCAAUGCUUCGCUUUUAAUUGACUUCCUGAACAACUUACUCGACGUGCCACAUACUAGAUGA